AUGGAUAUUUUAAGUUUUAACAACAUUCCAGAUUCCGACAAUAACAUCGCUGCAUGCAUUUUGAAAUGCGGCUUUGAAAACGUGCAACAAGUACGACGUGCUUUGAGUGCUUGCAAUGGCGUGCUUGAUAUCCACGACCACAAAGCCUUGGAAUCAGUGGGAAACAUCAUCGGAAUGAGCGCCGAGCGCUUGCGAGAUCUAUUCAUAACCAUCAAAUAUGCGGCGCCGAGCUUGCUGGAAAACAAUCUGGGAGACAAAAAGGAACCUUUUCAGUUUAUGCAGCCUGGGACCAAGUCAUGCCUUCUUGGAUGCCCUCGGAACCUGGAGCUUCAUAAUCAGCCGGCUGAGUGCAAAAUUUAUGACGUGGAUGGCAGUGUGACGACCGCAUACCGGAUUACGACCCGAUGUCGCGGUUGCAACUCAACAUACCACUACGACAUGUACAAGAACGGAGCCAGUGGAAGAUAUCAUUUUUACCAACAACCUCAAAAGCUUAUUCGCGUCUCGUUGCAAACAUUCUGGACGCAAAAAUUGUAUCAGCUUUUUGUGCAGAAUAUAUUGCAGUGCCACGCUAGCUACCGAGGAUUUUCGGAAACUUACAACGAAGCGUUUGGAAGAAAUGGGUUCUCGCGAAAGCACGCAUCAGACGUAUUCAUUCGACAGGAAAUUGAGCUUGAACUGCGGAGGCUUCAGAUGGACUUCGGGUUUUCCAAUCAGUUUGAUUUGGAAGAAGUCCUGCCCGUACUUGAAGCGUUACGUUGCGAAACAUUGUACCCUCAUACGCAUAAUUCACUGUGUCAGAGCAAAGGAUGUGGGGUAGUGUGGUCGGCUGACGCAAUCUGGAACAUUCACUUCGCAAUCCGUGCCAUGGUCCAAGAUAAUACAGUUGACAACAUCAAACUAGUAAACUAUCCUGAUGUUUGCACGAACGAGCCACUUCGGAAGCUUGGAUCCUUGUUUUGCGAACAACAUGACGCCUUGGCUACAGAACGCGGACUGCCAAAUAAUAAGCGGUUUCAGGAUUUGCACCUGCAAGGCGUCGGUGUGUUGAUAAGAAGUCUGAAGUCAAACCGGAUGGUUCUUCCCACAUCCAGCCAAAACGAUUUCUUCGAAAACUGCAUCGACGAUGGUAUUCCGUGCCAAAAAAACCUGGGACAGCCGAAGAAGCAGCCAGUCAGAUCGCGCGGUUACUUUGCUGUAGUUCGUGCUGGCGGUCAUAUUGAUUUAUUAUCACCAAUCUACAAGUCGGAAUCGGUUUCCCAAGUAUUCCUAAUUUUACUGGCUUGGAAAUACCUCACGCUAAAAAAUGUCCCAAAGCCGGACUGGCCUAAAUAUUUCUUAGCUUACGAUAACAUGUGUCAUCUUGAUAAGCUUAAAGGCGCCCAGCAAGACCUGCCACUUCCUGAACCGUAUAACAAGCUUUGGACGGAAGGAAUGACAAAGGUCAUCGACCGGUUUCACCUUGGAAAUCAUGUUGGUCACGAGUGCAAAACCACUUACAAUCCGCAGAAGAUAAGCGACGCAUAUCCUAACUUAUCAUCUACAAACACUCAAAGCUGCGAGCAAACUUUCAGCUGGCUUGGACGAUUUCGGCAUGCUUUGUUCAAAAUGCCGAAGCACAGACAAAUAUUUUUUUUGCAUCGUCUUAUACUGCGCAGAAAUGCCUACCUAGAGAACAUGGAAAAUGUUGAAUUAGAGUUGUCAGACUCAGAAGACGAAUAGCAUUGAGGGUUUUCGAUAUCACAUUUUCAAGAUUGGUGUUCUUUAAACAGGUAUGGACUGUUGUAUACAGCUAACUAUAAAAUUUGUUGCUUCGGAUUUCUUGAUUGCGUCA